UCCAUCUUUAAAAAAAAUCAAGGGUAAAACAAUAUUAUUACUAUGUCGUCUUCAUCUCUAACUGGUAAACUGGAGGAUUCAACGGAGAUCGAGGCCUCGGCUGAGAUGUUCCAUCAGAUGCUCUUGCAUAAGCCACACCAUGUCUCCAACGCCAGCCCUAACCAUGUUCGAGCAUGCGAUUUACAUCACAGUGAUUGGGGCAAAGAGGGCUCCAUCAUCUGCUGGACUUAUUUUCUUAAUGGGCAGCCCAAAACGGCGAAGGAAAUAGUCGAAUCGGUGGAUUCAAAGAAUAACUCAAUAACUUUGAGAGUGAUUGAAGGAGACAUACUGGAGGAGUUCAAGAGCGUUGUGGUGAAAUGUAAAGCUACUCCCUCUGCUAAAGGUAAGGGUUGUGUCGUCCAAUGGGUUCUCGAAUACGAGAAGCUCAAGGAGGAUAUUGCUCAUCCCGAGACUACAUUGGCGAUGCUGCUCGAAGUCGCCAAAGACAUGGGUGCUCACCUUACCAAACCCUAAACCACAUGACCUGAUGUUAAUUUCUACAAAAAUAAUGAUCAAGUCAAGGCUUGGGGUUUAUGGCGUUUGAAUCAGUGUUCGUCAACGUAUUAUAUUUAGUACAAUAAUAUCAGCAGAUCGGUAGAUCGUAGCUGUGAUUGUGAACGAUUAGUUUGUUAUUUGAAUGUGUGUAAUGGGUGAUGGUGUGCUCUAUAUGCUUCUGUUUAUGACGUUGUUGGAUUAUAACGCUUGAUAUAUAUAAUUAAUCUGCUUUUUCUA